AUGGCCACAGUUAGUGAGAAAGUAAAUUCGGAAGUGUAUAACCUGGAGGCUUUGUACCAUGACAGCACCAGAUAUCUGUACCAAACCAGAUUAGAUCAGAAACUGGACGAGAAUUUCCUUCUUCAAGACUCUAGAAAUCUGUACGGUCACAUAGUAGACUCAAUAAGAAAAGCAGCGGAAGAAGCUCUAGGGACACAAUGCCCAAAGAAAAAGAACAAUUCGAUUACAUGGAACGCGGAACUUGAACGACAGCAAGAAGUAAAACAAGAAGCAUAUCUUCGAUGGCUAAAUGGUAAAAAGAAUUCUGAUUACGAAGAAUAUAAGCAAAAACGUAAAUAUUUUAAACAAAUGAUCGCGGAAAAUAAAAACAAGACUUGGGAAAGAAAAUGUAAAGAGCUGGACACGUAUAUAGGAGGUACAAGAUCGUCCGAGGCCUGGAAAUUGAUAAGAAAACUGAAAAAUGAGACGAAAAAUGAGGGAAAUAUCCAGCUGAUAAACAUUAGCAAGUGGAAAUCUCACUUUCAGGAAGAACUAUCAGAGACGAGAGAAAAAUAUACAACCACGUCACCAAGGAAAUAUGAGGUCCAAGGAUCUCCUGUGCAAAUAAGUGCGGAAAUCGUAGCAAAGUUGGCCAAGACGAUGAAGAAUAACAAGGCGAGCGGUCCGGAAAGAAUUCCGGCGGAACUUCUGAAGAAUGGCACCAAAAAAUUAAUGUCUAUGCUGGCGAAGCUAUUCGAUAGGUACAUCAAUGGUGAUGAAAUUCCCGAAAGCUGGAAAGAAGCGUGGAUUACCCCAAUACACAAAAAAGGCCCAAAGGACAACUGCAAUAAUUACAGGUGCAUAUCAGUCACUAGUACUAUGAGUCGGCUUUAUGGAAAAGUGCUGAAAACAUUAAUUGAGGUAGAAUAUGGCCCCUAUGAACUUGAGGAACAGGCUGGCUUUAGAGCAGGACGUUCCUGCACAGACCACAUAUACACAUUAACACAACUGAAUGAGAAAAAAGUGGCUCGUGGGCGAGACGUACAUCUGGUGUUUGUGGACCUUACUAAAGCUUAUGAUAAUGUGCCCAUAAGUAAGCUCUGGAAUGUAUUGGAACAAACUUCAAUAAACAGCACACUUAUAAAGGCCGUACAAGCAUUCUAUAAGAAUUCAACGUCCAAAGUCAAAGUGGGAAAUGAAAUCUCCGAUGGCUUCCCUGUCACGAAAGGAUUGCGACAAGGCGAUAGCCUCUCUCCAACUCUAUUUAAAAUCUACCUAGACCGAGCACUCAAAACCUGGCGAAGAUCAUGCAAAGAUAUGGGUAUUCCUAUAAGCGACGGAAAUACGCUAUACACACUGCAUUUUGCAGAUGACCAGGUCAUAUUUGCUCAGGACAAAGACGAUAUUGAGUUCAUGACCCGAAAGCUUAUAGAAGAAUACCACAAGUGGGGACUCACAGUGAAUAUGUCAAAAACCCAGUACAUGUGCGUUGGAGGAGAAAAUGAAGAUCUGAUGUUGGAGGGAGGAUUGAAGAUCAAAUCCUGCGAAGACUACGUAUACCUUGGAACUGUAAUAAGCCAAAAUGGAAGGACUGAUAAGGAAAUUCAACAAAGACUAAAUAAGGGUAGGAAAAUAAUCGGAGCAUUAAAUUCAAUACUAUGGUCAAAAGAAAUCUCUAAACAACAUAAACGAGAUAUUUACAACGUUACCCUAAGGAGUGUUGUGUUGUACGGUUGCGAGGCCUGGCAGUUGAGUGUGUUACAACAGAAUCGUCUUCUGGCCUUAGAAAUGGAUUUCUGGAGAAGGUCAGCUGGAGUCUCUAAAAUACAGAGAAUACGCAAUGAACGUAUAAGAGAGAUUAUGGAUGCCGAAACAACAAUAAUAGAUGACAUCAAAAAGGCACAACUUACUUGGUAUGGACAUGUACAGAGGAUGCAGGACGAACGUAUUCCCAAACAAAUGUUGAACUGGAUACCCCCUGAACGACUAAAAAGAGGAAGACCAAAAACAACUUGGAUACAGGGAAUACAAAAGGCCAUGUCAGAAAGAAAUUUGGCACCAGGAGACUGGUUGGACAGAGGCCGAUGGAAACUAGGAACCGGAAGGCGGUUAACGCUAUGA